CUUUUCGGCCGCUUCGCCGUGGGGAGAAAAAAGGGAGCACAGACACCGCCCACCAGGUUCUGUUUAUCAGAAGUGUAAUGUGAGCUGCAGUGGUGUGUCUACAGCUGGAUCCAGAAAGGCAUUAGGGAGGGUCACAAUGUCAAUCUUUGUUCACUAAAGCUUAAAACAAAUGCACAAAAAUACAUGAUUUUAGUCUAUUCUGCAACAGGCCCCGCACGCCUUUAUUAAUGAACAAAAAAUUCUGCCCUGAAUAUGUAAGUGAGACAAAUUUUUAAAACGUGAGUGAAGUUCAAAUCAAAAUACUGUUAAUGGGUCAGUUCCCAACUUAAUACAGGGAAGAUUAGAUAGAGAACAUGAGACAAAUCAUUUCUUGGAAGAACUGGUCAAAAUAAGUUCACUUUUGAGUUAUGAACUCAAAUGUUCUGAGUAACUUUUCUCCACAAGAGUUAUUGAAGGUCAUUAAGAAAUCAAAAAUCAAAAUAAUAUAUGAUGGACUAGAAACUUCCCUUGCAUAUCUAUGGUUAUGUGAUUUCUGUUUGCCCCACUUUGCUCAGAUCUACAGUUUUUCCUGUUUACUGCUGCAAUUGUCCCCUCUGUUCAAUUGUAGUAUGUAAAAACUCUGUUCUAUAAUUUCAAGCCAUGUUUUGUUUUGUAGUGUGUAGUUGUGCAAUAAAGCAAAAAAAAAAAAUGUCAAGUCCACUUAAUAAAUCCUGGAAUUCUGAAACCAGAUGGUUCACAUCAUGAAAUGGCCAGCACUCACAAGGGGCGAAAGGCGGUGCUUCCGAAAUCGAGUCUUUUUACUUCCGGGUAUGUAAGGAGUACACUCAAAAAAUGAAUCUUUCAUAAAUAAUUUGGUUUUUUUGUGUGUUCUUAAGGUAAUAUAAGAUCAUUUUUAUAGAUAAAAGAAAGAAAGAAAGAAAAAAGAAAAUCAUGGUUUGGCCCGUUUGGGUUCUGGCUGGGAUACGGAGCUCCACCUCCAGCUCCACCACACCCGCACAGCCUUUAUAUAGUCUCACACAACAGAUAAACGAUGAGAUCAGUCUCCUCAUCCUGACCGGAUCUGGGAUAUUUCUGUGAGUCUCUUGUGCCGAAGGUGGAUCUAACUCCAUGCAUGUUUGAGCUCUGAAACCUUUGGCAAUAUAACACCUUCUUCUUUAAAAUCAGAAAAGUUGUUUUUGACUACUUUAUUUGAUCUAAUCACUUCAAGAAGACUUUGUAAGUCUGCUUUUUCUCUUUGCCAAAGUGACCCACAUUAAGAAAAGAAUACCAAACUGCUCUGUAGAUGGUGCUGACCAUAAGCACAAAAGCUCAACAUAUGUCUUGUAAAAACGUUUUUUCCUAGAGGACAUAAAGGCAUUACUUUAUUGAACUUUUUAUAUGGGGAUUUUUGCCAAAAUAAAAAUAUAUAUAAUAAAAUGGAUUCUAUCCUUCAAGCCUCUUUGUUGCUGUGUCUUCUUGGAGAUCUUUGCACAGUUGGGGCAGAAAUUAACACCUGUGUGCCAAGUAAUCAGAUGGAAUGUUUUAACGCAUCCGACUUUCAGGAUUCUUCUGAUAUUGUCAGCAUCAGGUUGUUAGAUGGUAAGAAGCUGAACAUCGACGUGAAUGGACUCUCUGGUUCUCCUGUCUGCAGCUGGAUUAGAGGAAAUCGAACGAUCGUGACAUCGAACACGAGUCACCUCAUGAUCACGCAACCGCUCAGUAAAACAGAUUCAGACCAGUACACUCUGACUUGUUCUGAUCACAAUACGACCAUUUUCUCAAAGACUGUGGUCCUCCAUGUUCUGCAAAGACGACCCACCAAACCACGGUUGCUGCUGACAGACGUAGAAAACGCUUUGAGAUCUGCUUAUUUUAUGUGCAUUUCUGAGGAUAUUCCCAAGCCAACAAUUGAAUGGUCGACAAACGAGAAAGGGAUGGAUAUUUCCGAUGAAAAGGCAAAGAGCAAGGUGUCAACUACUCGCUAUGAGGACAAAGGAGUGACGUGUUGUGCCACCAACACAGAAGGACAAGAAUGCACACAAUUAUAUGACUAUGACUUUAAUGAGAAGGAAACUGAUUCUAAUGUGACCUUGAGCCCCGGAGAGAGUUUACUGCUUCGCUGCAAAAUUGAUCAUUUAAACCAAUAUGCUACUUGGAAGAAAGACGGGGAAGAACUGGACCUGGGCUCAUUAAGAUGCCAAGAUAAGCAAAUCAAAGAGAUGUGCCUUUUAGCUAAUAGGCAUGUUUGGCGGAGGUCCUACCUGUCCAUCCCUAAAGUUAGUGAGAAGCACAGUGGCACCUACACCUGCAGCUUGAACAACAAGGACAAAUCUUUUCACAUCCAGGUUCAGGCUGAAGGUUUCGUCUCCGCUCAGCUGGACGAACGCUUGAACGUGUUAGCUGAGAAAAAGGCUGGCGUUUGUUUGGAAGCAAAACUUUCCUACCGCCCUGCACUCCAGCUUUGCUACUGGGAGGAUCCUGAUGGGAAGGUUACUAAAUGCACAGAGACUUGGCCAGCAAAGCACAGGACUGUGAAAUUUUGUGAACUCAAAACAUCAGGAAUCUACAAGUUAUUUCUUGAAGCUGCAGGAAAAAAGGAAACAAAGGAGAUCACAGUUUGUUUUGCAGACAAACCAGAAUUCAAGCUUGACCAAGGUCCUAAUUCCCUUACUUAUGAGGUUGAGAGUGUCACACCAGUAAACUUCACAUGGACAUCCUGCAAAUCUUCUAAUGACAGCUGUGAAACAAACUUAUCCUGGGAGGUGGUUGCAGACGGCUAUGAAGAACACCCUGAUGAAUUGUGUGUCAAAAAAGUAAAGAGCUCAUUGAACGGAAGCGAGGCAGCAGGAUUCUAUGUUAAGUUUUGCGUGAAAAACUCUCUUGGGGUCUGGUGUGACCAAACGUUUGGGUUGAACACGACAGCUUCCCCACAAGUAUCUGCAGGAUUUCUCCAUCCUGAUUCCAGCCCCUCUACACCAUUAAUAGUUGGUAUUGUCGUGCCAUUGGCUCUAGUCUUUAUAGUAGUGAUGGGGCUCUUCUACUUUUUCCGAAAGAAACGGCAGUACCAGCUUUAGAUGAUCCAGACGGUUGGGCCCAACGGGAAAUCAAGGAAGAACUUUGAGCUCACCAACCAGGAAUACAUUUCAGGAAUCAGACCCUUGACGACCAAAAAGAGCUCCUUGGAGAUGAAAAUAUAUCAAAAGGUCUUCCUUGUGGUAAAACCUGCAAAAGCUUGAGUCUAUAUUUUUUAAAAACUUUGCCAGUGGUCUUUUAGUUAUGAUGAUGCAGUUUUUAGCCAAAAUCAAAAAGCCUGUGACGUUUUUUAAGACAUAUUUUCUGCAGAUUGGCAGGAGUUCAUCAGAAAUUCACAUCUGAGUUGUGGGUGGGAUUGUUGGAGUGGAAGUAACCCACCACUGAUAUCCCAUCAUUCCUUUGUUUACAGUGUUGCCGUUACCUUAUAGCCCCUCAGAACCCUAAACUAACAUUGGAACAAAAACGGCGAGCAAUAUCAGUACUAUCAAGCUGUUCAGUUUUAAGACAGAUGCAAGCUUGGACGAGGAAAACAAAGACGUUCAUGAAUCUAUUUGUAUUCAAGUGGAUCCAUCUGAAUGGAGUGGAGCACGGAGACCUUGGCCCACCUAUUUCAGUUGCAUCACCACUAAGAGCUUUCUCAAAAAGUACAUUUUUAUCAGCUCCUGCUCUUUCAGGAUUUGAACAAAGAAAUACUCAGAAACACUGUUAAAAACUUAAAUAUGUCCUUCAUAGUGAGAAAAAUGCUAUAAAAACAUGUUAAAAACACCAAUAACACAAUUUUCAUUACAGGGGUCUCUAACCACUUCCCAAACUUUUCCUUGAUAAGCAAAAUGUAAAAAACAGGGAUUUUUGCUAAAAGACUUAAAAUUUGUAUCAAGGCAAAACUGAAUAUCUUCACACUGGAUAAGGUGGGAGGCACAUUUUUUAAGUUUCACUUUCCUUCAUAAAUAAACAUUUCAAAUGACUUUUGUCUUAUAUUUAGUUGUGCUGACUGUGACUAAAACUGACAUGUUAUCAUAAGUUUCCUUCACAAAUCUCAUCAGGAAGAAAAUGAAACUGCUUGUGACCUUUGUCCUUUAGGGGGAAUUAUUGGACCAACUCUGAUAAAAUCGUGUGUUUGGUGUUUUUCACAUGUUCUUGUAAAAUUUGAUGAUGGAGGACACAUUUAAAGAAAACUAAGCUCAACGUACAUUUUUGAGACUUUUAUUUAAGUUGUUGUGAGCAGACACAAAAGUGCAGUUUGAAAAAGCUUGUUAGCGUGACGCAGCUCCCUGCUCUGCUCCUUUCUGACGCAGACAAAUGGAUUCAUGUACGUCUUCGUUUUUCUCGUCCGAGCUGGUAUUUGGAUCAAAACUGUAAGUCUGAGAAGCUCCAAUGUUGCUCGCCAUUUUUGCUGCACUGGUAAUGUUAGGUUGGUGUUGUGAGGGGCUGUAAGCUAGCAAAAGAGAGGAAAUAGAUGGAUGACUGGAAACAGAAAAACUCAAUUUUCUGGGGAACCAAAAAGAAACACUAACUUGAGCGAAAUCUAAAAAAGAUUCUCAAAAACAACGAUUCUCUCUAAAAAUGACAUACAGUUCAAUUUAGAUUGAAAAGGUUAAAGAAAACAUGACAAAUUAUCACUUGUAUUAAAAGACCUGGGUCUCAGCUAUAAAAGAAAAACUUCAGGCAGAAAACUGAGUGCAGACGUUCUCUGAAACUGACAAAGUAAAAAUGAAGAAGGAACUGAAUACAUUUUUUGUGAAUAAAAAGAAGAAAAUGUUAAGUUGAUACAGAAAUGUUUUUGGAAAACUAUUUUUCUUCAUUAUUAAAUGACACUUCUUGUCCUUAAAGUUUAAACAAACUAAAAAGUUGCAACCAAUAAUUUGUUUUCUUCUUUCUUUUUAUUGUAAUGUCCAAAUUUAUUCAGUUUGGACUUUGUCAUCAUCUGACAGCUGCAUCUGAAAUAUUGAUAUGUUAAACUUAAAAUAACGAUUCCCAUUUUCCUUUUUUUUUUUUUUUUAAAGAAACUGUUUCCUUGAAAUGUGCCACGCAUACAUGUUGGUUUGAUAUGUAAACAUGUUUAGUAUAUUGAAAAUAAACGUGUUUUUCAUGUGCAACUCCAACUUGUGUACCACUGUUUAUGUUCUCAUGUAAAAGCCCCAAUGAUUUGUGCGCAAUUUACGCAC